GAAAAGAAAGAAAGAAAGAAAGAAAGAAAGAAAGAAAGAAAGAGAAAGAAAGAAAGAAAAAGAAAGAAACCCUCCUGCGAUAAUACCUUUAAAUAUCAUCAAAUAUCCACAUCUGCCAAACUCAGGUCCUUGGAAAGGACUUGAGACCGGGACAAAAAUGCCAAAACAUCUGGCUGACGGCAGUGAACCAUAAUAAUAAAUCAUAGCAACAGGGAGAAUGUCAUUUAGUUGGUAGUUACCCAGUCUGCGUUAGUUACUCCGUUCUUUUGCUAUUUUAACCCACGAGCUCGUUUCUUUAAAGCGUGGGGCUGCCGCGCCAGAGUUGUGAGAAAGUACAAUAACCACACAUCUGUCCUGGUGUUUUGUCUUGAGUUCAGGUUCAGCGGCCCACCAGGGCUUCCUAGAAGGAUGGAGACAGGCCGGCAGGAUGCCAUGUCUGAUGGGGAGGGAGCGAAGGGCAGCAAGCUGGCAGCCAAAUUGCCCCCGACGCCCGUCAAGGAGAAAGCCAGCAAGAAAAAGAAGAAAAAGAAUAAAGUUCCAGGUCACGACAACCAUUCCAGCCAGGUCAAGAAAAAAUCCAUCUUUGCCAUAUUUCCUCUCGAUCUGCUCCAGCGCUGGAAGUGCGACGGGGCCCCGCAGGAAGGCCAUAGCAAGCGAGGUUCGGGCAAAGCCACCAGGAACUCGCUCUUGGCCUGCUCGUCGGCCACAUCAGUCUCGACCCCAGGAGAGGCCUCCCUGCCCAACGAAAGCCUCCGCUGGGACGGCGUUCUGGAAGACCCCAAAGCGGAAGAAGAAAGGCUAUACAACUACCGGCUGAGCCGAAGAAAACGCUACGGCGAGUUCUUGCAGCAAAACCCACUGCUGGGUUCGCCCUUUCCAUGCCAGCAGUUGCCUGGUCUGGACAAAGUCACCGAGGCGGAGAAGGAGCGUUCCUUACACAACAGUCACUCCUCCUCCCUUAUGGCCAAAACCAAAAGGCGUCCAAAUUCGAAGCAGGGCAGCAAAACCUCAAAGAGGCAGCCGACGGCGUUGCCGUCCAGUAAAUCUCAGGGAGGCCUGUGAUUGGAGCACGAUUUUUAUUUUUUUUACAGCCAAAUCACGAGAUCAGAAUUAUUAUUAUUAUUAUUUUGCCUGAGGGUCUAACAAUGAUCUCGAUGUGUUUUUCAGUUUUUUGCAAAUUCUGUGUGAGGUAAUAAAAUGCUGUGCUUGACAGUGG